CAGGGGCGGAAGCGGCGGCGGCGGCGGCGGCGGCCGAGCGGGGGCUGCGGCUCGCGGCGCGGAUCCUGCGGUCCUGGGCGCGCGGCGCGCGGCUCGGGAGAGGCGCCGGCAGCCGGGGACGGCGCGCACUGUCUCGCCCGCGCUCGGAGUGCCUUCUCCCCGUGACUCCUUGCACGCCUCCAGCGCAAAGGGUGUUUUGUUCCUUUAUUUCUGACAGAUUUUCUGAUACAAUGGCAAUGCCGCGGGGGAGGACAAAGAAAAAAGCGUCUUUUGAUCACUCUCCAGAUAGCCUUCCUUUGAGGAGCUCUGGUCGGCAGGCGAAGAAAAAAGCCACGGAGAUGACAGACGAGGAUGAGGACGGUGGGUCAGAGAAGAAGUACAGGAAAUGUGAAAAAGCAGGCUGUACAGCCACGUGUCCUGUGUGCUUUGCAAGCGCUUCUGAAAGAUGUGCCAAAAAUGGUUACACGUCCCGAUGGUACCACCUCUCCUGUGGGGAGCAUUUCUGUAACGAGUGCUUUGACCAUUACUAUAGAAGCCAUAAGGAUGGAUAUGACAAAUAUACUACAUGGAAAAAAAUAUGGACUAGCAAUGGAAAAACUGAACCUAGUCCAAAAGCUUUCAUGGCAGACCAGCAGCUCCCCUACUGGGUUCAGUGCACAAAACCUGAGUGUAGAAAAUGGAGGCAGCUUACCAAGGAAAUCCAGCUUACCCCACAGAUAGCAAAGACCUACAGAUGUGGUAUGAAACCAAAUACUGCUGUUAAGCCGGAGACCUCAGACCAUUGUUCCCUUCCAGAGGAUCUAAGAGUGUCGGAAGUUUCCAACCACUGGUGGUACUCCAUGCUCAUCCUACCUCCUUUGCUGAAAGACAGCGUGGCCGCACCCCUGCUCUCUGCUUACUACCCUGACUGCGUGGGCAUGAGCCCCUCCUGCACCAGCACACAUCGUGCAGCCAGCGACGCCAGCCCCGGGAAGCUGGAGCACUCCAAGGCAGUCCCCUCUGUGCUGGUGCCAGGCAUGAACCGGUACUUCCAGCCUUUCUACCAGCCCAACGAGUGCGGCAAAGCCUUGUGCGUGAGGCCAGACGUGAUGGAGCUGGAUGAGCUCUAUGAGUUCCCAGAGUAUUCCCGGGACCCCACCAUGUACCUGGCUCUGAGGAAUCUCAUCCUCGCCCUGUGGUAUACUAACUGCAAGGAGGCUCUUACUCCUCAGAAAUGCAUCCCUCACAUCAUUGUCCGGGGUCUCGUUCGUAUUCGAUGCGUUCAGGAAGUGGAGAGGAUCCUUUAUUUCAUGACGCGGAAAGGUCUCAUCAACACAGGAGUUCUCAGUGUUGGCCCAGACCAGCAUCUUCUUCCUAAAGAUUACCACAAUAAAUCAGUCAUCAUUAUUGGGGCUGGUCCAGCAGGAUUAGCAGCUGCUAGGCAACUGCAUAACUUUGGAAUUAAGGUGACUGUCCUGGAGGCCAAAGACAGAAUCGGAGGCCGAGUGUGGGACGAUAAGUCUUUCAAAGGCGUGACCGUGGGACGAGGAGCCCAGAUUGUCAAUGGCUGUAUCAACAACCCAGUAGCACUCAUGUGUGAACAACUUGGCAUCAGCAUGCAUAAAUUUGGAGAAAGAUGUGACUUAAUUCAGGAAGGUGGAAGAAUAACUGACCCCACUAUUGACAAGCGCAUGGAUUUUCAUUUUAAUGCUCUCUUGGAUGUGGUCUCUGAGUGGAGGAAGGAUAAGACUCAGCUCCAGGAUGUCCCUUUAGGAGAAAAGAUAGAGGAGAUCUACAAAGCUUUUAUUAAGGAAUCUGGAAUCCAGUUCAGUGAGCUGGAGGAGCAGGUCCUCCAGUUCCAUCUCAGUAACCUGGAAUAUGCCUGUGGCAGCAACCUCCACCAGGUGUCCGCUCGCUCCUGGGACCACAACGAAUUCUUUGCCCAGUUUGCUGGUGACCAUACUCUCCUCACUCCCGGCUACUCCGUCAUCAUAGAAAAACUGGCAGAGGGUCUAGACAUUCGGCUCAGGUCUCCAGUACAGAGUAUUGAUUAUUCUGGAGAUGAAGUUCAAGUUAGCACCACAGAUGGGACGCGGUGUACAGCACAAAAGGUGCUAGUCACUGUCCCACUGGCCUUACUGCAGAAGGGUGCCAUUCAGUUCAAUCCACCAUUGUCAGACAAGAAGAUGAAAGCUAUCAACAGCUUAGGUGCAGGCAUCAUUGAAAAGAUUGCAUUGCAAUUUCCUUAUAGAUUUUGGGACAGUAAAGUUCAAGGGGCUGACUUCUUUGGUCACGUUCCUCCUAGUGUCAGCAAGCGAGGGCUUUUUGCCGUGUUCUAUGACAUGGAUCCCCAGAAGCAGCACAGCGUGUUGAUGUCAGUGAUCGCGGGGGAAGCGGUGGCGGCCGUCCGGACCCUGGAGGACAAGCAAGUGCUGCAGCAGUGCAUGGCCAGCCUCCGCGAGCUCUUUAAGGAGCAGGAAGUCCCAGAUCCCACAAAGUAUUUUGUCACCCGGUGGAGCACAGACCCCUGGAUCCAGAUGGCAUACAGUUUUGUGAAGACAGGGGGCAGUGGUGAGGCCUAUGACAUCAUUGCUGAAGAAAUACAAGGAACCAUCUUUUUUGCUGGCGAGGCAACAAACAGGCAUUUCCCACAAACUGUUACAGGGGCAUAUUUGAGUGGUGUUCGAGAAGCAAGCAAGAUUGCAGCAUUUUAAACAGAAUGUCUGGACCCAGCUUUCUUCUGUACCGCAAAUGGAAAGUUUGAAAAGCAUGUUAAACCUCACUUUCGUCAAAUCAAACAAAAACCCUCACUGGGUAGCAAAACUGAAAUGUUUCUAGUGGCAGGCAUGGUAACGUAAACCCAUUUUACCACUCUGAAGGCACUAGCCUCCCCCCCCCCCACAAUCCUUUUAUAAGCACUUAUAUUUAAUUGCAUUUUCCACAGGUCUGACUAGUGCUAAUAAAUCUUCUGGAUUUCAGAAUAAGGCAGAAUAGAACCUUAAAGACCUUGGUAUGAUUCUUCCAUGGUUGGAGAUUCCCUUUAAAUCUGACAUUUUUUUUAGCUGACCAACUUUCACACUGAGAAACCAGGCAGCAAUCGUAAGAUAAAGCCAUGUACUUUUCUUCUGUGACAAUUUAUCAGUAUCUUUGCCAAUGAGCCUUAAGAUUUUUAUAUAGCUCCAAUAUUAAGCGUUUACUUAAAACUUAGAAAUCUUUCCUUUUUGGAUACAGCACCAACUCUUCAGUCAAAAAGUAAAUGAAUCUUCUAGACUAUUUUAUAUUGUACAUAUUUCUUCCCAUUGGCUAUUAAAAAGAAAUUUAAAUUCAGGUAUCUUUUAUAAUACAACAUUUUAGAUUUGUGUACUCAUUGGCAAAACAGUAAAAUUUCCAAUUUCUUUACCAGUACAGAUAAUGAAUGCAUCAUUGAGAAUGGGAGAGAGAUAAUGUGGUCUUCAUAUUUUAGACAUGGAAUAUGGCUAUUUUUCUUAGAGCCAUGUUUGGACAGAUGGUACAUUUUGAACAGCCUUAAUUUUGGCAACCACUAGCAAAAUGAUCUUAUCAGAAUAAUUUAAUAAAAGCUUCCCCCACUGCCUCAUCUUUUAAAGUAACUGAUUCAAUCUCAAGGACUAUUUUUUAUAGAAUUAUGUUUUCAGUAUUCCAUAGGCAGGCCCACUGGAAAACUGCAGAAAAAUCUGAGAUAUCCUGAUAAAUAUUACACAUUUUAUAAGCCAUAUCUUAAAAGCCUGAGAACACGGCAAGUAUUUACUUUUUCUUUUUUUUUGCUCAUGACAAAAAAAUACGUCAUUUAAACUAAGCUCAUCUUUCAAGGACGAACUUAGGGAAGCUUCAGUUUACAGGUCAGAAAUAUGGAUAAGUGCUUUUGUUUUAAAAAGUCUUUGAAUAAUUCUUUCAGUAUACUGGUCAGCUUAAAAAAAGGGACUCAAAAUGACUUUAAAAUCACUUUUUAGAACAUUAGGUAUUUUUAAAAUUUAACGUCUGCUUCUUAGUAGAAAUAGUCAUUUUAUGCAAAGAAGAUACAGUGGACUUUAGACUGAACUUAGACAUACCUCCCUCCCAUCAAAGUAUGAUACAAUCAGAAAAAAAAGCCAGUAGCAGUAUAUUGGGUUCAAAGUUAACAGGAAAAUGUACAUUAUCUGAUGAGACAUUGGUACUGAUUGGGAAGUAUUCUGCUUUAAAGUGUUAUGUACUAAAAUGUUUAAAGAAUAUUAUGUGUCAAGUGAUAAAAUGCAAAAAUAUUUUAAGCUGAAAUGGUUCACGGUAAAUUAUUACUUUAGUUUCGGGGCACUUAAACUUGUACUGUGCUAUAAGCAAACAAGGGGAAAACAGUAAAUAUAUAUUUAAAAAAAAAAACACCCUCAGUUCCUAGCUCAAGUGAUAGCACCCAACAUUAUGGAACCAUGGUAUUUUUUUCCUUGGGUUUCUUUGAGUGUGUUUUUCACUGCUGUCUGAAGAGUUUGUAAUUGAGUAAGCAGUGAACAUACACAAUGUUUUAACUGCAAGACUGUGAACAGCUAAUUGUGUAAAACCGCUUAAUAAAAAUUACUUUUUUUCAAA